AUGAUUUUUCAUGUUAUCUUGCUUCUGUUUUUUAUUGGAACUGCAAAGACACAGGCUGAAAUUUCAAAUACCACUCCUGGAACAAUGUAUAACGUGACUGUUUCUUCAAUUUCCUCUUCAGUGUAUAGUUUACCUGUCAGUAGAACAGUGACAACUAAUGUAACUAAUCCAGGACCUCCUGUUUUCCUUGCUGGGGAAAAAGUAGGAUCUGCAGGGAUUCUCCUUUCGUGGAAUACACCCCCAUUCCCAAAUGGGAGAAUUAUAUCCUACAUAGUUAAAUAUAAAGAAGUUUGUCCUUGGAUGCAAAAUAUUUACACCCAAGUUACAACAAAACCAGAUAGUUUGGAAGUUUUGCUAACCAAUCUUAAUCCUGGAACGACUUACGAAAUUCAGGUUGCUGCUGAAAAUAGUGCUGGCAUUGGAAUAUUUAGUGACCCAUUUCUCUUUCAAACUGCAGAAAGUGCCCCUGGUAAAGUGGUGAAUCUCACAGUUGAAGCUUUCAACCAUUCAGCUGUAAAUCUGAUUUGGUUCUUGCCACAACAGCCAAAUGGGAAAAUAACUAGUUUCAAAAUUAGUGUAAAGCAUGCAAGAAGUGGAAUAAUAGUGAAAGAUGUCUCUGUUAAAGUGGAGGACCUUUUGUCUGGGAGGUUACCAGAAUGCAAUGAUAACAGUGAAUCAUUUUUAUGGAGUACUACCACUCCUUCAACUACAUCUAGUAAAACUACCACAUUUAUUUCAAGUACAGUUGCUCCCAGGGCAAUGAGUUCUGUCUGGAAUGAACCUGUCAGUUUUGUUGUGACUAAUCUUAGGCCAUAUACAACUUAUCUUUUUGAAGUUUCAGCAGUAACCACUGAAGCAGGUUAUAUUGACAGCACAAUUGUCAGGACACCAGAAUCAGUUCCAGAAGAUCCUCCUCAGAAUCUUGUCACAGGCAAUGUUACAGGAAAAUCUUUCUCAGUUUCAUGGGAGCCACCAACCACUGUUACUGGAAAGUUUACCUACAAAAUGGAAUUAUAUGGGCAAUCUGGUCGUAUUUUGGAUAACAGCACAAAAGAUCUCAAAUUUACAUUUAAUAAUCUAACACCAUUUACAGUAUAUGAUGUAUUUGUUGCUGCUGAAACAAAUGCUGGAGUGGGCCCAAAGUCAAAUCUAACAGUUUACACACCUGCAGGAGUUCCAGGACCUGUAUUUGAUUUGCAUGUAGUAGAGGAAGCAGCAACCUUUAUAAGAAUUGCUUGGAAAAAACCACAGCAACCAAAUGGACUCAUCACUCAGUACAGAGUGAAAGUAUUACGUGAGGAAACAAGGGAGAUCUUUGAAGAUACAAUUCUAACAGAAAAAAUCAAGCAUUUUACUGAAUCUAUGGAUCGAGAUAUGAUAAAAGAAUAUGCACUAUCUUCCUCAUCAAAUAAAGUAAAAACAGUGACCAGUUUAUAUGAAGGUUCAGCUGAAAUGUUCCCAAGAGUGCAUGAAUUUUCUCCAGUAAAAUAUACUAGUAUUCCUGUUGGUAAUUUACUAAUUUUAAAUGAGUUUGCAGAACUAUAUUUAAAUUCUGGUAAAAAUAAUCUCCUCUGGACUAGUCCUAAUUUAGAAAUGUAUACGACUGAAUUUUCCUUUUUAAAAUGUAAAACAUUUGAUACAAUCAAUCUUUCAGCUGAGCAGCUGUCAUAUCGUGUAAAUGGACUCCAGCCUUUCACUAAAUAUGCUAUUGCUGUGUCUGCUUUUACCAUCAUUGGAGAAGGACCACCAGCUAUUCUCAUUUCUGAGACAAGUGAACAAGUUCCAAGCUCUGUGGAAAAUAUAAAUUAUAAAAAUAUUAGUUCAUCUUCCAUUUUGCUUUUUUGGGAUAAACCAAUAAAUCCCAAUGGGAAAAUCACACAUUACACAGUUUAUGCAAUGGAGCUGGAUACAAACAGAGCUUUUCACUUGACUACAUCAGAUAAACACAUAUUGAUUACAGAUUUAAAAAAAUACACAGAUUAUAAAAUGAGGGUAACAGCUUCCACAACUGCUGGAGAAAGUGCACUCUCUGAAGACAAUGAUAUUUUUGUAAGAACACUUGAAGAUGAACCCAGUUCACCACCUCAGAAUGUUGAGGCAUUAGAAGUGACUGCCUCAGAAGUAAACUUAAGAUGGUUACCACCUGAAAUGCCUAAUGGGAUCAUAACUCAUUAUGAAAUCAUGUCUGAUAAUGGCAGUAUUUUAAUAAUUAAAAAUACUACAACAACGCAUUUUACUUUAAAUGAAUUGAAACCAUUCACUUUGUAUAACAUUUUGAUAAGAGCAUUCACCCGCCUUGGUCAUGGGAAUCAGUCAUCUGCCCCAUUAUAUGUAAGAACAGCUGAAACAGUACCUGACUUUCCACCAGAAAAUAUAACUUACAGGAAGAUGUCUUCUUCAGCAAUAGAGGUAUCAUUCCUUCCUCCAUCUGUCCCCAAUGGAAUUAUAAAGACAUAUACUAUAUAUCUCACAGAGAUUAAUAGAACUGAAGUAAGAGUCAUCAACACAACACAUCUGUCACUAAUUAUUGCAGGCUUAAAAAAAUAUACAAAAUAUCUGGCUGAAAUAUCUUCAAGCACUGUAAAAGGUGAAGGAGCUCGGAGUGCACCACUGGAUAUAAUAACUGAGGAAGAUGCUCCUAGUUCCCCUCCGAGAUUGCUCACAGUAAAACAGUUAUCUGAUGCCAUUGUGUUAUUGUCAUGGCAACCACCACUGGAGCCAAAUGGAAUUAUCCUCUAUUAUACAGUUUAUGUUUGGAAUAUUAUGUCAAGAAGUAUCAAUGUAUCUGAGCCAUCACUAGAAAUAACAGAUUUAGAAUAUAACAAGAAAUACAGUGUUUAUGUAACGGCAAGUACCAGAUUUGGUGAUGGAAAUAUAAAAAGUAAUACAACAAGCUUCAAAACUUCUGAAGGAGCUCCAGGUGAUCCACCUAAAAACAUGUGGUAUAAAAAUCUAACUUCUUCAUCAGUAAGAAUAUUCUGGGAUCCUCCUCAAAAACCCAAUGGUAUCAUACAGUUUUAUUCAGUUUUCUACAAAAAUGAUUCUGACACUUAUGUACAGAAUUUUACCAGUUCCACAAUUGACAGCAGUGCUGAUAAUACAACUUUAUCUAUAGAAUUAAAUGAUUUAGCAAAAUGGAGCCACUAUACACUUUGGUUAACUGCAAGCACAGCUCUUGGGAAUGGCAACCAAACCAGUGAAAUAAUGCAACUCUACACAGACCAAGAUAUACCUGAUGGACCUGUUGAUCAGCUGGCCUAUCAGAACAUUUCUUCCACUGUAGUAAAUGUAAGCUGGAUCCCACCAAGCCAGCCCAAUGGACUUGUCUUCUAUAAUGUUUCAUUGGCAAUGAAGGAUACUGAAAGAAAUCAUGAGAUUUGGUCACUUGUUCUAUAUGAUACAAAUAUAAUUUUUAAUAAGCUGGAAAAAUAUACAAGUUAUCAUCUAAACAUUACCCCAGCAACUGAAAGAGGACCAUCUGAAAUGUACACUUUAAGUUUACACAUCAGAACUGAAGAAGAUGUUCCAGACUCUGCACCUAUCUUGAAAACUUACAAAAACCUUUCAUCUACCUCAGUGAUGUUAUCUUGGGAUCCUCCAUAUAGGCCAAAUGGCAUUAUAAGAAGCUAUGACUUAAAGCUGCAAGGGCCAGAAAAAAAUGUUUCUUUCACUACCUCCAAUAAUUCAAUUAUUUUAGAAGAACUUUUGCCAUUUACCCUAUAUAGCUUUUUUGCAUCUGCCAGAACUGCAAAAGGACCUGGUCCAUAUGCUACACUUAUGUUCUCCACAGAUGAAUCAGUCCCAUUGGCACCUCCAGAGAAUCUGACAGUUAUCAAUUACACAUACAACUCUGCAUGGUUGAAAUGGGAUUCAAGUCCUAGGCCAAAUGGUGUUAUUAGAAGAUAUGUUUUGAACAUUUUUGAAGACAAAAGUCAAACUACUUUUUACCAGAAUGUUUCAGGAUCGCACAGUGAAGCUAAUAUACUUGGACUAGAACCGUUCUUUGUUUAUUCCAUCUGUGUUUCUGCAUUUACAAAAGUUGGAAAUGGCAAUCAAUUUAGUAACCUUGUACGAUUCACAACAAUGGAAUCAGCACCAGAUAUUGUCCAGAAUAUCCAGUGCACUGCAACCAGUUGGCAGUUAGUUCUACUCCGAUGGGACCCUCCUUUGAAAACAAAUGGAAUCAUUACACAUUACAUCAUAACAUUUGGAGAGAAGUCAACAAUCUUAUCAUCUCAUAAUGAAACAGUGUGUAUUUUGAGAAACUUGCUAUCCAAUACAACAUACCAGUUUAAAAUAAAAGCUGCAACAGCUGCUGGAGAAGGAAAAGAACAGUUAUGCAAUACCAGCACAUUUCCAGAAACAGCUCCAAGUGCUCCAAGAGAUACAAUAUUUUCAAAUGUACAGUCAACAAGUGUGACCUUGAGAUGGAGAAUGCCAGUUACUAUUUUUGGCUACUUUCAAAACUACAAGAUUACUGCACAGUUACAAUCCAUCCAUUGCAAUAGCUGGGAAUCUUCUGAAUGUAUUGAAUAUGAGAAAGAGCAAUACUCAUACCUUGCUGAUAAUGUUACAGAAGAAACAGUGUAUGAUCUGAAAAAAUGUAGAUGGUAUCGAUUUAGAGUUUCUGCUAGUACAAAUGCUGGUUAUGGCAACUCUACUCCUUGGAUUGUCACACAAACCCUUCCUGGCUCUCCAGAUGCUCCUCCAGCAAAUGUAACUGUAGCAGCUACAUCUCCUUACAGUAUUAAUAUUAGUUGGAAUGAGCCUGCCAUAAUUACUGGACCAACAUUCUACCUCAUUGACAUUUCCUCAGUGGAUACAGAUUACUAUCAAGCUUCAUUUGUCAAAGCAAAUUACGAGGAUAAAACCCUCACUAUUUCAGGAUUGAGAGCAUUUACAAGGUAUUCCAUAGUAGUCACUGCUUUUGUAGGAGAUGUACAUACUGCACGUACUGACGGCAAGUCUAGUUCUUCAGUUAUUGUUUCCACUUUUGAAGCAGUGCCCAGAGACCCACUUAACAAUGUAACAUUUCAGAAGAUACCCGAUGAAGUAACAAAAUUUCAAGUGAUGUUUAUACCACCCUCUGAACUUAAUGGGAAUAUUCAAGUAUAUCAAGCUAUGGUAUAUAAAGAUGAUGACACAGACAUCUUUCAGAUUUAUAAUUUGAGUGUUAUAGACAGAACAAAUAAGUCAAUCACUGCUAUGAUAGAGGGAUUAAAAGGAGGACACACAUAUAAUAUCAGUGUGUAUGCAAUCAAUAGUGCUGGUGCAGGACCAAAGAUUCAGCUUAAAAUAACAACAGAUAUUAAAGAACCACCAAGACCUAGUAAAAAGCCAGUGCCAGUUUAUGAUACCAGUGGAACAUUACUUGUCACAGCUACUACAAUUAGUAUUCGUAUGCCAGUUUGCUACUAUAAUGAUGAUCAUGGGCCUAUCAAGAAAAUACAAAUUCUUGUUGCAGAAGCAGGAGUUCAGAAUGAUGACAAUAUCACUAAAUGGCAUGAUGCAUACUUCAAUAAGGCAAGACCCUAUUUUGUAAAUGAAGGCUUUCCAGAUCUUCCAUGUAUAAAAGAGAGUGAAGGACUGAGCACCAAAGAAGACAUAUAUGUAAUAGGGGCUGAUAGCACUUGUAUGAUACCAGGAAGUGAAAAAAAUUUUUGCAAUGGACCACUGAAACCCAAAAAGCAAUAUCUAUUUAAGUUCAGAGCUACAAAUAUCAGAGGUCAAUACACAGAUUCAGACUAUUCUGAUCCCAUCAAAACUUUAGGUGAUGGGCUGUCUGAAAGAGCUGUAGAAAUAAUACUUGCAGUUACUUUAUGUAUACUUUCUAUUGUUCUUCUUGUGGCUGUAAUUUAUGCAUUUGCAAGAAUUCGUCAAAAGCAAAAAGAAGGAGGUACAUAUUCUCCACGGGAUGCAGAAAUUAUUGACACUAAAUUCAAACUAGACCAGUUGAUCACAGUGGCAGACCUGGAUAUGAAGGAUGAAAGAUUUACACGGUUACUUAGUUAUAGAAAAUCCAUCAGGCCAAUAGGCAAGAAAUGUUUUCUGCAACAUGUUGAAGAGCUCUGCACAAAUAACAACAUCAAGUUUCAGGAAGAAUUUUUGGAACUUCCCAAGUUUCUUCCAGAUCUUGCGUCAACUGAUGCUGAUCUUCCUUGGAACAAGUCUAAAAAUCGUUUUCCAAACAUCAAGCCAUAUAAUAACAAUCGAGUGAAGUUAAUGCCUGAUGCUUGUAUACCAGGAUCUGAUUACAUCAAUGCCAGCUAUGUAUCUGGCUAUUUAUGUCCAAAUGAAUUUAUUGCUACUCAAGGACCAUUACCAGGCACAGUGGGAGAUUUCUGGAGAAUGGUAUGGGAAACAAGAGCAAAAACUAUUGUUAUGCUAACUCAGUGUUAUGAAAAAGGGCGGAUAAGAUGCCAUCAGUAUUGGCCUGAAGAUAACAUUCCAGUUACUGUUUUUGGAGAUAUAGUGAUUACUAAAUUAGUGGAAGAUAUUCAGAUAGACUGGACCAUCAGGGAUCUAAAAAUUGAAAGGCAUGGGGAUUGUAUGACAGUACAUCAGUGUAACUUUACUGCCUGGCCUGAACAUGGAGUACCUGAAACAAGCACACCAUUAGUCCAUUUUGCAAAGCUUAUACGAGACAGCCGAUCACAUGACCACACACCCAUAAUUGUUCACUGCAGCGCUGGAGUUGGAAGAACGGGAGUUUACAUUGCCCUUGACCAUUUAAUACAGCAUAUCAAUGACCACGAUUUUGUGGAUGUCUAUGGACUGGUAGCUGAACUGAGAAGCGAAAGGAUGUGUAUGGUGCAGAAUCUGGCACAAUAUAUAUUUUUACAUCAGUGUGUUCUGGACUUACUGACAAUCAAGAACAGCCUGCCUAUAUGUUUUGUUAAUUAUUCAGUAUUGCAAAAGAUGGAUUCUUUGGAUGCAAUGGAAGGUGAUGUGGAACUAGAGUGGGAAGAAACUACUAUGUAAAUACAUAGAUCAAAAUGUAUUACAUUUCAGGAAACAUAUGCUUGUAUGCUUGUAUUCUUGUUGCUGUUUCACAAUAGGGGCCAAAACAUAUCCCCAUCAUACAACUGAUUAUAAACAAAGAAUAAUUUUUGUAGCAAAAUAAAAUUAUAAUAGUUAUGUUUUAUAUUCUAUGUGCCUUCACAAAUAAUAUAAAUUAUUAAAUUAUAAUUUUAUACUGAAUACAAUCUGAUUAUUAUAAUAAAACUGUAUACAAUAAGAACAUUCCAGCAACAGACAUUACAAUAAAAUGCAUAUUA